GACUUCGACAGGGGACGCAAGCAACACCACACAUUUAAAACAGACUUGGUAAAAUCAGCUCGUUAUUUAAAGAAACGGACGAUUCCUUUUUCUCUUCUGGUUUAGUCUUCGACCCGCAGGCCCAGCGCUUCUUUCGAACGGCGGCUCUAUCCCGUGACCUUUUCACUUUCCAAGCCAACGAAUUGGGGGUCGUUACACACGCGGAGGGUCCGGAACGCACGGCUCCUCGCCUGCAAAUUCCGAGCACUCCGCAUUGUCGGGCUUCCGCCCGGCCACACCAGCCAACAGCCCGCACCCACAUGGGGGCAGGGCCCUGGCCCUCGCCCCCGACCGGCGCGUGGCGGGGCGCUUGGGUCUUCGAGGGCCCGCGACGCGGCGCACAUGCUGGCGCCCGCCUCCCGCGUCGGCGAGAAGACAGGGAGCUCGGACACGGGGAGGCUGACCCGGAGCCUACCCAUGAGGCAGCGCGCUGGCUGCACGAGAGCCCCCCCUUUCCACGGCUCGGCUGCCAGCUCCGCAAUGGGAGCCGCCGCCGUCGCCGCAGUGUAGUUUCUCGUGCUCCUCCUUUUCCUCCUCCUCUUUCUCCUCCUCCUCAGGGCUCCAGUCAGGCCGAUCCGCUCCGCUCACGGAAGGAAAACAGAAAUAACUUGCUGCCUUGUCUGGAGUCACAUGUACUUAGGUGACAAUUUACAGAAAGUCAUCUCUGCAGCUUGAUGGGCGACAACCCUUUUCAACCAAAAAGUAAUUCAAAAAUGGCAGAACUGUUUAUGGAAUGUGAAGAAGAGGAGCUGGAACCAUGGCAGAAGAAAGUAAAAGAAGUUGAGGAUGACGAUGAUGAUGAGCCAAUCUUUGUUGGAGAGAUAUCAAGUUCAAAACCAGCAAUUUCAAAUAUUUUGAACAGAGUUAACCCCAGCUCAUAUUCAAGGGGACUAAAGAAUGGUGCACUCAGUCGAGGUAUUACUGCUGCAUUCAAGCCUACAAGUCAACACUACACGAAUCCAACAUCAAAUCCAGUGCCUGCCUCACCAAUAAAUUUUCAUCCUGAGUCUAGAUCUUCAGAUAGUUCUGUUAUUGUUCAGCCUUUUUCUAAACCUGGUUAUAUAACAAACUCAUCACGAGUUGUGUCUAAUAAGUCAUCAGAGUUACUAUUUGACUUGACCCAGGAUACAGGAUUAUCACAUUACCAAGGGGGACCAACACUUUCUAUGGCAGGUAUGAGUGAAAGUUCAUUUUUAUCAAAACGUCCUUCUACUUCCGAAAUAAAUAAUGUUAAUCCAAAGAAGCCUAAGCCCAGCGAAAGUGUUUCUGGAGCAAAUUCCUCAGCUGUAUUACCUUCAGUUAAAUCUCCUUCAGUGACUUCUUCCCAGGCUAUGCUAGCAAAAGGUGCAAAUACCUCAUCAAAUCAAUCUAAAAAUGGAACACCUUUUCCAAGAGCUUGUCCAAAGUGCAACAUUCAUUUCAAUCUUUUGGAUCCUUUGAAAAAUCACAUGAAGUAUUGUUGUCCAGACAUGAUAAAUAACUUUUUGGGACUGGCUAAAACAGAAUUUUCAAGUACAGUAAAUAAAAACACAACUAUUGAUUCAGAGAAAGGAAAAUUGAUCAUGUUAGUUAAUGACUUUUAUUAUGGAAAACAUGAAGGAGAUGUCCAGGAAGAACAGAAGACUCACACAACCUUUAAAUGCUUCAGUUGCUUGAAAAUUCUAAAAAAUAACAUUAGGUUUAUGAACCACAUGAAACACCAUUUGGAACUUGAGAAGCAGAGCAGUGAGAGCUGGGAAAACCAUACCACCUGCCAGCACUGCUACCGUCAGUUUCCCACACCAUUUCAGUUGCAGUGUCACAUCGAAAGUACACAUACGCCCCAUGAAUUUUCUACUAUUUGUAAAAUCUGUGAAUUGUCAUUUGAAACAGAACAUGUUCUUUUACAACAUAUGAAGGACAAUCAUAAACCUGGUGAAAUGCCAUAUGUCUGCCAGGUUUGCAAUUAUAGAUCAUCAUCAUUUUCUGAUGUAGAAACUCAUUUUAGAACAUCCCAUGAAAACACUAAGAACUUGCUGUGCCCGUUUUGCCUCAAAGUUAUUAAAAUUGCAACACCAUAUAUGCAUCACUAUAUGAAGCAUCAGAAAAAAGGAAUACAUCGUUGUACAAAAUGCAGGCUGCAGUUUUUGACAUGCAAGGAGAAAAUGGAUCAUAAGACUCAACACCAUCGAACAUUUAUAAAACCUAAACAACUAGAAGGAUUACCUCCUGGAACAAAAGUUACUAUUCGAGCUUCAGUUGGACCUCUGCAAUCAGGAGCUUCACCUACACCUUCCAUUAGCGCAAGUGCUUCUACCCUUCAGCUCUCACCUCCAAGGACUAAAAAUAUAACUGCUAAAAAUCCUGCAAAAUCUAAUACAAGUAAACCUAAUACAAUCAAAUCCAACGCAAGUAAACCUAAUACAAGUAAGCCUAAUGGAAGUAAAUCUAAAUACAAACCAAAAAUCUCUAAUAUGCAAAAGAAACAAAGCACAUUGGCUAGUAGCAAUAAAAAAAGUAAAGUCAAUACAGCAUUGAGGAAUUUAAGGUAUCGUCGGGGCAUUCACAAAUGCAUUGAGUGUUGUUCCGAAAUAAAAGAUUUUGCAAACCACUUUCCUACGUACGUCCACUGUAGUUUCUGCAGAUACAACACUAGCUGUAGCAAAGCCUAUGUAAAUCAUAUGAUGAGCUUUCAUAGUAACCGUCCAAGCAAAAGGUUUUGUAUUUUUAAGAAGCAUUCAGAAAAUCUCAGGGGCAUUACUCUAGUGUGCCUUAAUUGUGAUUUCCUAAGUGAUGUUUCUGGCUUAGAUAAUAUGGCUACACACUUAAGUCAACAUAAAACUCAUACUUGCCAAGUUGUGAUGCAGAAAGUUUCUGUUUGUAUCCCAACUUCUGAGCACCUUUCUGAAUUGAAAAAAGAAGCUCCUACAAAGGAACAAGAACCUGUGUCUAAGAAAAUUGCAAGACCUAACAUGGCUGAAAGAGAAACAGAAACAUCAAAUUCUGAAAGUACACAAGAUAAAGCUGCUUCUUCAGAAGAAAAAAAUGGAUGUAAUGCAAAUUCAUUUGAAGUGUCAUCAACAACAAAAAGUGAAGAAAGUAUAACAGUUUCAGAUAAGGAAAAUGAAACCUGUCUUGCAGACCAGGAAACUGGCUCAAAAAACAUCUUCAGUUGUGAUUCAAAUAUUGGUGCAGAUAAAGUGGAAAAGAAAAAACAAAUACAACACGUUUGUCAGGAAAUGGAGUUGAAGAUGUGCCAAAGUUCAGAAAACAUAAUCUUAUCUGAUCAGAUUAAAGAUCACAACUCCAGUGAAGCCAGAUUUUCUUCAAGGAAUAUUAAGGAUUUGCGAUUAACAUCAGAUAAUGUAAGCAUUGAUCAGUUUUUGAGAAAAAGAGAUGAACCUGAAUCUGUUAGUUCUGAUGUUAGCGAGCAAGGCAGUAUUCAUUUGGAACCUCUGACUCCAUCCGAGGUACUUGAGUAUGAAGCCACAGAGAUUCUUCAGAAAGGUAGUGGUGAUCCUUCAGCCAAGACUGAUGAAGUAGUGUCUGAUCAAACAGAUAACAUUCCUGGAGGAAAUAACCCUAGCACAACAGAGGCAACAGUAGACCUGGAAGAUGAAAAAGAAAGAAGUUGAAAUUAGUCAUUUUAAGUUUCAGUGUACCAACGAUAAGGGCAUUUGGAACAGUGCUAUCAGGUGAGCUCAGUGGUGCUGCUGUAGGUUCAGAAAUGGAAAUAUGUAAGGGAGGUCACACAUACACUUUACCUGUAUGUUCAACCUAUGUUAUCAAACAAAUCAAUUCACCAAUAAUAGCAUGUUUAGUAGGGAUUCCCAAAAAGUUUUUAAAAACACGAACAGGAUUUUAAUGAUAGUUAAAUUUGCAGUGCAAAGGCCUCAUUUAAUGGUUUUCAAGGAAAUGAGAUUUGGUUGCUGACAUGAAUUGAUGAUAUUAGUAAUAUUUAUAAAGCCUUUCAAACUUCCAUCAAUCCUAAGCUAAAAAUCCUUAUUACCUAUAUAUCCUUUUCAGUUAACUGAGAGAAAGGGAUUUGGAAACCAUGUACUUUUGGGAGUAAUUGAUUUAAAACAAUGGCUGAUUAACAUUGUUAAUGCAGGCUUUAUUUUUGAGGAUGAUGCUGGUAAAUGGAGCAUGCUUAGAGUACUAAAUUGAUCUAAUGAGAAUUUGGAUGAACAUAAACUUAAUUUUGGAUUUAAUAUAACAUUCCAGUCAGACGCAUGUAAACAGAAUAUUUGAAUCUUUGUACCUCCAUACAAGUGUUAGCCUGCCAGGCUGUAAGCUUACCUUAAUUAAACUUUCAGUGAAAGUGGAAUUAUUAAGAUAUAAAUUUAUAUUUGUGCUUUUUGUCAGUGUGUAAGCUGUGUAGAAAUUCUUUGAUGUAUUAGUUGUAUUAAUGUAAAGUAGAAACCUAUUGUUGAAACUCCUGUAGCUAUUAUGCUUUUAAUAUUGUUUUAAUGAUCUUCUUUAGAAAUAGGCCCAUAAAAAUGGUCUGGAAGCCAAACCAAAGUAUGGUAUAAUGUAGAUAUUGUAAAGCAGUAAACCGAAAACAUGUCCUGGCAUGUAUUCAGCCAUGUUUAAGUGACUUUUCUGUAAUUGUAAAAUAAAAACUUCAAAUGGGACCUAAAACAGUGAUGUAAAAGAACUGGUUUUGGAAAUUUAGCCUAAUUUAUCUAUAAGAUGGCUGCUAAAUUGAUUUUUCAGUUUUUUUAUCAUCUAGAAUAUAAUAGAUAUAGAAAUGGAUAAUAUGAAGAACAGUAGUUUGCUUUGAAAUACUAAUAAACUUUUAUUUAAAAUGCUUCAUUUUUACUUCUUAAAAUGUGCUUUGAAUUCUUAAAUUUUGUUUCACUGAAUGUUCAAUGUUUUAAAUGGCGAUUAAAACUCUGCUGUAUAUAGUAGUUUUUGAGUAAAUAUUUGCAAUAAAAAUCUGUCCCCGA